AUGGCGGUCACCGGACACACAGCAGUCAACAGUCCGCAACUAUCGAUCAGAGGGUCAGAAGAACGUCACUUUUCACAUCCACCUGAAGAGUCUCGAGCUGAUAGGAAGUGUCAACUGCACUUUAAAGAUAACAACUCUGAUGCAGGACUGUCACUGGCCGUGUUCAUCGGCAAGUUUCAUACUGAAGAGACAAGUCCGACGAUGGACGAAUUCUCAACAAAUAGACGUACACACGACAUGAAAAACACAUGCUAG